AUGUUCCCAGGUAUCGCACGCGUCCUUGAAAAUGAGAUACCGCAGCUGCGAACACAGGUUGUCAGUCUUGAGACGGGCAUAAAUGACCCGGUGGCAGCUCGAUACUUGGUUGAGGGUUUGCUGAGACUGCACGAACUGAGCGAGAAUGACGUGGCGAGUGAUAGAGACCAGCAAUUUUGGAAGCAGGAGUCUGAAGUUACGCUUCUUGCCACCGGUCAGGUCCUGAUUCCGCGGAUCAUUAUGGACAGCAGUCUGAACGAGGUGUACAUUGCAUCGACCCGGCCUAUGAAGAAGCUAGUGGAUUCAACAGACACUAUCGUCAAGGCGGUUCCAGGCGCGUCCAAGAUGACUCUGCAGGCUGGCACUGAGAUGACCACGAGUUGCACUUCUAUCUUGGUAAAAUACGCUGUGCAUAUUCCAGAUAAUCAAGGCGAUGGACUGUAUCUCAUUUAUGGGACUCGGAAUGGUAUAUCUGUGAUUGGCAUCUCGAAAUACAACUCUUCAGUGCAGUUAGGGUUAUCUGAUAUAUUUCCUGUUGACAACGAUACUGAUGUGAGCACGAUCAAAGCAAUCACCACCUGUUUACUCUCUAGAGCACUGUCCCUGAUUGCAGGACCCGUAUCGAGAGUCCUGGUGUAUGAGCCUCCGUCAGCAAUAGCUUCUCUAAUUACUACUGAUUUGAUGCGCGCUGAAGCACAAGCUUACUUCGUGACAUCGAAUCCUAAUGGACCGGCUGAUUGGAUCAAGAUCCAUCCUUUGACAUCGAAGCGUGAUAUCAGGCGUAUCAUCCCUACAGAUGUCAAGCUGUACGUGGACUGCACGCCAGAUAGUUCGGCUGCGAGCCAGGUCCAGUCGUGUCUUCCACCCACUUGCCCGCGGUGGCAUUUUGACAGCCAGCUCCUGAAGCAGAUCCUCCAGGGCGACCAGGUAAACAUUUCAACACUACUUGGAGAUGCAUAUAACACUGCCAAAGGCGUUUCCCAAGACGAAAGCGAUAUUAUCCCUGCAGCUCAGUUAGCAGGAACAGACCUUCGCCUGCUCAACAGACAAUACGUGACUGACUGGCAGCAGCACGAAUCUGGGCUGCUCGAAGUCACAAUUCCGCCUCUUUCAACGCAGAAUCUCUUCUAUUCCAACCGGACGUAUCUCAUGGUAGGCGCCGCUGGAGGCUUGGGACUCUCAAUCUGCCGCUGGAUGCUGCGUAACGGUGCAAAGUAUAUAGUAAUCACCAGUCGAAAUCCGCAAAUAAACACUUCUCUCCUCGAGGAUGCUCAUCACCAGGAAGCCAGAGUGCAAGUUAUUGCCAUGGACGUGACCAAAAAGGAGUCAGUGGAGGAGGUUAUUCACAAGAUCCGACAGACAAUGCCCCCAGUCGCCGGUGUCUGCAACGCGGCCAUGGUCCUAUCAGACUCUCUAUUCAUCGAUAUGGACAUUGACCAGCUAAAUGAUACACUCGCGCCCAAGGUCGACGGCUCCGAGAACCUCGAUGCCGUGUUCAGGAAUACAGAUACAGAUACGAAACUCGACUUCUUCAUCCUGCUCUCGUCAGCCGCUGCAAUCGUCGGCAAUGCCGGACAGGCAAACUACAACUGCGCCAAUCUCUACAUGGAAGCACUGGUGGAACAGCGCCGUGGCCGCGGUGACGCAGCCUCUAUAAUUCACAUUGGGUAUGUCGGGGACGUGGGUUAUGUGGCGCGUAAUUCCAGUAGCAUGAUGCAGCGGCAGUUCAAUACACUGCGGUCGAUGCCUUUAUCUGAGACGGAUGUGCAUCAUGCAUUUGCUCAGGCGAUUCGGGGAGGGAGGCCUGGUGCUGGAUCUUACAAUAUCAUUAUGGGCGUUCAACCUCCUACCGUGCCUCUGGCCCCGAACCAGCCUGUCGUGUGGCUAGGGAAUCCACGGUUUGGGCAUUUCGUUCCUUACACUAAGCUAGGAAGUAAGCAGCAGCAGAUGGUAGGGAAAUUAGGAGACGUCCGGAAGCUAGCGAUAGAGGCGCAGAGCGAAGAGGAUGCCGUGGCGGUUAUCGUGGGGGCUUUCUCGACCAAGUUGGAGUCUAUUUUGCAGCUGCCGCCGGGGUCUGUUGGAGAAAGUCCGAAACAGCCACUCGUUGAGUUCGGUAUUGACUCUCUUGUCGCGGUGGAGAUACGGACGUGGUUUGUGCGAGAGCUGGGCGCUGAGGUUCCUGUCGUGAAGAUUCUGGGGGGAGACUCGGUCUUGCAGUUGUGUCAGAUUGCGGUGCAGAGUGUGAGAAGCAAGAGUAGUUGA